AUGCUCUUCGCAGCUGUCAGCACCGCUACUAUGUGGGCGGGCAGACAGGUUGCUGGACGCAUUGCCUAUCUAGGAUGCGGCUGGAAGGGCGCCGUGUGUGUGUUUACCAAUCCCGAAGAAACGACGCGUGAUUCACUUUUUGCUCCCAGCCACAACCUUCCUCAACUUCAACCCCUCCAGGAGAAUUCUAACUUCUCAGUCGUAUGCGACGCCGUAGACGCCGUAGACGCAGUAACAGUUCAGACAGCGAUCUGCCUCCGUCAUCAGAUCUUCGUGAUUCCGACAGCCGAUCGGAAAACCGGCGGUCACAUGAUCCGCAACGUCAUCACAGCCGCCAUCAACAUCAUCAUCGUCAUCAUCGCUCGAAGUCAUCCAGCCAUGUCUCUGCCGUCACCCGCCGCAUGCACUCUUAAUCAGAAGCCAAGCAUCUGGUGA